GUGCGCAUGUACGAAUAUCUUCCAUUGCUUUGAUGUGUAUGUCUGAGUUCUCAGUAUAGGGUUUGAAGACGAGAAGGCAAGACGUAUUGUACUAGUUAUCCAAUGGUAUGACGCUAUGGUAUCUGUCAGAUACUCGUUUGUACGCGUUGUUAUUACUGUAUGGACAAUUCUUAUAUUAAAUAAGUGGAUUCGUGGUAUUGUUAGAUAUGAAGGAGCAUUAGUAAGUUGCAUAAAAGCUCAAUCUUGUGAACAGAAAAUAAGCAGCGAUACAACAAAAAAUGGAACAUUUACGAGUCCAAAUUAUCCCGAACCAUAUUCUGCUCAUAUUCAGUGUACUUAUUCUUUUACUGGAAGAGGAAAAGAAAGAGUUCAAAUUCUUUUCACAGAUUUUGAUCUUUAUAAACCCGAAGAAACUGGAAAAGAAUGCGAAGGUGUUGAUGCUGUUAUGGUCUUUAUCACAAUCAACGGUCAGAAGGAAAGAGUAGAUAACUUUUGUGGCAACAAACUCCCAGCGCAAUUAAUGUCAAACGGUGCUUCGAUGGUUGUCGAAUUUAAGAGUUACGCCUCAUCACCAACUGUCAAAGGAUUUCGCGCUAUUUAUAGAUUCGUCACAAAUUUCGGUAUUUCAAGCGGCAAGCAAGAUCCUCAAUCAGUGUGUGGAUUCAUCUUCAACAGCACGGAACGAUCAAAUGGCUCAUUUACUUCACCGAAUUGGCCUGGAUAUUAUCCAAGGGAUACCGAAUGUCAUUAUUUCUUUUAUGGAAAGUCAAACGAACGCGUUCAUAUCACAUUUGCUUAUUUUGAUGUGGAAGGAGUUACACCAUGUACAACCGAGACAGCCAGUGAUUACGUAGAGUUUUCUAACUUCAGAACAGUUGACAGAAAAAUCCCUAGACAUUGCGGUUUAAAAAAGCCUAGAGUAAUUGAGUCGGAAGGAGAUUUUUUUAGAGUAACUUUUAAAUCAAAUGACAGAUUUGACGGAACUGGAUUUGAAGCUUUUUACCAAUUUAGAAAUUAUUCUGAUCCAUUUACAAUCAAGAGAAUAAGAGGUCGAGCCGGAAUGCCUACAAGGACUGGAAGUUGGGAUCACGUAACGACGAUCCUUUUCAUAAUUAUAACGAUACUCCUAUGUUGUUAGUAACAAUUGAACUGAAUUUAUCAGCACGUAUAAUGUUUUGCUCCGGGCGAAAUUCGUGCAUCAAAGGUGAUGCUCACCGAUCACUUCUUGGACAAUUCAUGUGCUUCCCGGUUUGCACGUGCCAAAGGAUUGUACUAAUUCGGACGAUUGUUUUUUGUUAGUGAAAGAUCCGGAGUUGUUUUUUUAUCUACAGAAAUUUCAUGUAUCCUUGGGGAGAAACCAUAAAUCCUCAAUCGUGCGUUUCAUACGAAAAACAAAAUAAUAAUAAUAAAGA